UUUGCCGAAGAAUGGAAUGUUCUGUAUUUUUUUGUUGAUUUCUGCAUUUCCCCUUUUCAUGGACAAUCUGUCUCGCCGAGCGGAGUCAAACCGUCGCGUCUGCCCGGUUCACUCUCGAGGGCAGCUGUUGCUGUUGCUGUUGCCAUGCUGCCAUUGCAGAUCGGCUCAGUUGCCAUAGCACCAAGGCAAUCCUGCCUUAAGAGCCGACAAGUUGAGCACGACAUCGGGUCAGCCAGUCGUGCCGGCUUGACGACGAGGCGACCGACGGCCUUGGCGAUUGAGGCCGUGCGAAGAGCACAUUUUAUUGCCUCUCUUCCAGCCGGACAGCUGCACUCGAGUCUGGUUGCCGGAGCAGAAGAUGGUACUUAA